AUGGCGAUGGCGACGGUGCGGCGCCAUGCGGUGUGGGCCCUGGCGGUGCUUGCGCUGCUGUGCGGCUGCUGCUCCUCCGUGUGGGGGGUGAAGGCGACGGUUACGGUGGGAAAAACUCCUCCAACGCUUAACUCUCAACUUUCUGUGCUGCAGCACAAAUGGCAGCCGGCGAAUGUGUCGGUAGAGGUGUCGUGCGCGGAUGCAAAUGAGGUGUUGCAUUGGCGCUUUCCUGCCAAUGAGAGUUGGGAGAGUUGUACAACUGCGGUGGAAAAACUUGGCUACACUUUUGUUGGGGAGGCUGCUGAAGCGCAGAGUUAUUCAGCCAUUGAGGACGUUGUUGUGGUGGAUGUGUCUCAGUAUGGGGGCGAUGCUGGUGUCGGUGAGUCCAUCUGCCUCUCGGCCGCGUCGCUGUACAUGAGCAAGAAAUGUAAGGCAAAGUGCGGCGCAGUCACAGACACGGCAUCGAAGCAGACGGCGUUCACGAUGGAAUUUCCUACGCACGUCGGCAGCGGAGUGCACAAAAAGUGGGAGGAAGCACGCAAGGUCCCCGGCAGCGCGUCUCCCCCUCUUGAUGGUGCAGGAACCGGUCUGCUUGGCAAGUCGGGUGUUUGCCCCUUAACAGACGCCGUCGAAAAACCAGCUGCAAAGGCUGACAUUGCGCCUGAACACAGCGCGUCACCACCUGCUGCAGAAGAACCCGCAGCCUUACCGGUCGAUGCCGCAGCUUCGUCCAAAGCCACAGCCGGCUCAGAGGAGAGCGCGGCACAUCGACCCAGUGAAACGCAAACACCUUCAACCUCUGCACCGCCAUCGAAGACACCCCCUUCCACCCCUUCCACCCCUCCCGCCCCUCCCGCCCCUCCCGCCGACGGCGCAGAUGGAGGCACGACGACAACGACUACCAGCAGUCCUGUUGCGGGGAAACACACAAAAAGCAAGGCAGACGGCAGCGAUACCACUCUUUUCAUGAUGCGCACACCUGUACUGCUGUUGCUGCUGCUCAUGGCUGCCGUUGCCUGCGCUGCUGGGCAGUGGUGA